AUGUAUCGGCUGGACUCCGAAUAUUGUUCUUCUUCUUCUGCUUGUACUUCUGCUGAAAAGUUACUUUUAUUGUAGAUUCUUAUACUUAUUAAUAAUAUGGCGAGCUACAGUUUAUUUUGGAUGUUAUUGCUAAAGAAUAAUUGGAAAUUGAUCAGUAAUGAUUUUGUUAUUUAUCUGUGGACUUUAGCUGUGACUCUCAUACGUAUUUACUGGAUAUUUUUUGUUCCACUCGUAUGGAAAAAGGAUCUGGACAACGAAAAAUGUUCAUUUUUAAGGAAAACAGAAAAUGCCGUUGGCUACAAUCCUAAACGAGAUACAAUAAAUCGACUAAGAAAAUUAAAAAUUCAAAAAAUCAUCGAACUACCUCCCCCUUAUCCGAAUGGUUGGUAUGGUAUCCUCAAAUCGUCUCAGCUUAAAGCUGGAGAAGCAACUUGUGUAUCAUGCUUGGGGGAAGAUCUAGUCAUCUUUCGUACAAAGAAAAAUAUCGUUUUUAUUCUGGAUGCUUAUUGCCCUCACUUAGGAGCUAACUUGGGUAUUGGUGGAAGCGUUGCUGACGACUGCGUAAUAUGCCCUUUUCAUCAAUGGAAAUUUCGGGGUACAGACGGACUAUGCAUAAAUAUUCCAUAUAGCACAUCAGUUCCUAAAGGAUCGAAAGUAAAAAAGUGGAUUUCGCAAGAAGUGAACGGCUUUAUAUUUAUUUGGUAUCAUGCUGAACAAACAGAAUUACCAUGGGAUCUUCGUGUACCUAUGGGAGAGAUUGACGAUGCAUUUGUCUAUCAUGGACACAAUGAGUUUUACAUUAACUGCCAUAUACAAGAAAUUCCGGAAAAUGGCGCUGAUAUUGCGCACUUUGAUGCUAUUCACAAGAAAAAUUUUAUUAAUGGCAGUUGGGUUCAAAAGAAAAGAUUAUUUGGACUUGGAUCUCAUCAUUGGAAAGCGAGGUGGUCCCCAUUGGUUGGAAAAUUAAAAUACUUGGCGGAAGUUAACCUAAAUCAUUAUUUUAAACUAUUUGGAAAGUUCGGCUGUUUUCGUAUGGAAGUUUCUGGCAAACAGAUUGGACCAUCAAUCGUGUGCCUCGAAGUUAAUUCAUAUACAUUUGGAAAAAUUAAAGUUGUUCAAUAUAUUACACCAAUCGAACCUUUGUUGCAAAAAGUUGUUCAUGAGUUUUACGGUCCUCGUUGGAUUGCGCCACUUAUGAAAAUAUUUAUUUAUGGAGAAAGUCUCAUGUUCGAACGCGAUAUUAGCAUAUGGAAUCAUAAAGUAUUUCAUCGGAAUCCUAUCUUAGCUAAGGAAGAUGCCUCGAUAAAGAAGUUUAGGCUGUGGUUCUCCCAAUUUUAUUCAUCGAACAGCAAAUUAUAUUCUGAAGCAACCAAUAUUGGUUGGUAGCUAAAUCUGUUCUGAAAUUUCAAAUCUUGUAAACGAAUUUAUAAUAUUUAAAAAUUAAAAAAAGUUUUUUUCGGCA